AUGUUCGACAACGACAACGGCGACGAUGGCUUUGACCUGCGAUCCUCACAACCGAACGGCACCUCGUCGUCGCCGCCGCCUCAGCCGGGCGAGGGGCUUCCAUUUGGCCACUCGUCGGCAUCGACUCGGCGAGGCUCCCGUUCGGGAUCAACUUCAGGAUCGGGAUUGGCUCGAUUCAUCUCGACCACGAACUCGGCGGAUGAUGGUCUUCCUCUGCCCGUCGCAGCGUCGACUACGAUCCUACCACGCACGACGAAGCGGUUCGUCGCCUCGGCCAAGGGCAAAGCGAAAGCCGUCAACGUCAACGAUGACGAGGCUGUUGGCCAAGCUCUGUUGAACGGACACGACUUGGGGGAAGACGGCGAGAGGUCGUCAAGUGGUCCGACUGGUAUGGCCUUUUCGAUUCGUUUCACCGAUGGGAGUGAGGAUCUGUUGGAUCUUUGCGUCGGAGAGAAGGAGAGCGUCGCGGAGGUCAAGCGCAGGGUCAGUUCCGAUGCAGAGCAGGUGGCCAAUUUGGUCGCCAUUGGACGACCAUUCUGAUCAAUAAUCAAUAAUCUCCUCUCUUUCUCCUUUGAAAGAUUCGCUUCCUCCGGCCCAAUCUCAUGCACGAAGACCGACCGCGGCGGCUGCGCCUGAUCCAACUCGGUCGGCUCCUGACGGACGGCACCUACCUCGUUCCUUGGACCGUGCAACUGCUGUCGCGCCGAGCCAAACUAGUCCGACAACAGACCCAACCCAACGCGGAGGCGUUGCUGGAGGGAGCGAUCGAAGGGAUCGAGGCUGCGGUUGGAGUGACGGUACCGAGAGCUUCGAUCGAUCUCAAGGGAGGGUCGAAGCAGGAUGCAGCGCAUCAGAGGGAUAGGAAAGGCAAAGGGAAGGAGAAGGAUAUGACGCUGGCUGGGACAGAGGCCGAGAAUGACAAGCAGGUGUGGCUGCAUUGUUCGGUCGGGGAGCCAAUGGAUGAUGAAGAAAUCGACAGCGAACGGAUACAGGUAGGUCUCAUUUGGCCCCCUUUCCCCUCGUGGUAUGAGCUGAUGAAACGAGUUCACGUUCAGACGACUCAAAUCACGCCGCUGCAAGGGUUUGACCGAUUGCGGGACGCUGGCUUCUCUGAAGAAGAGAUCGCUACGAUGCGGGCCGAGUUCCGACGCAACAACUCGGCAGGAGGAGGUCAGCAACCGACACGUUUGCGAAUCGAGAUCGAUGUGUAAUGAUCUCACCCCAACCGAUUGUUUUCUUUCGAUCUAGAUGACGAUGAACACGCUCGAGCGUUGGAAGACCAAUGGAUGGAAGGACUGACUGGGCAGAAUGAAGCCGCGGCGACCGAGUCUAGUAAGACGCGGUGAUCUCGGUUGCUUUCGAAUCGUCGUGGUAAAUGUACUGACAGAUUCUUCUUUCACAUUCAUCAGCCACUGAAGGCUAUUGGAUGAAGAUGCUCGGAGGGCUUUGCGUCGGCUUCUUCUUCCCAUUCUUACCCUUUUUCUUCUUCCGGACCCAUCUCUUUUCACGCACGUGAGUCGAGAUCUCUAAGCUUUUGACGUUCCCGUCCCUCCCAACUCACACCUCAAAAUCAUUUCGAUCGACAGCACACAAAUGGCCAUCGUACUCGGCGUCAUCAUCAACGUCGGAUUCGCCAUUAUGCGUUUGUUCACUUAG